UAGUCCAGAAAUUGGCUCUUCUUCUUUACAUACAUUUAGUCUGCCCACAGGGGAGAAAGCUGUCGUCUUUGUUGAAGUCUCCACCCCCCUUGCUCUCUCUCUCUCUCAGGGGAUAGUUCGAUAAAAUGGGUGAAGUGAGUCAUACAAUUAAGAUUUCUAAGGACGUCACUGAAUUGAUCGGGAAAACUCCGUUGGUGUAUCUCAACAAUAUCGUGAGUGGCUGCAAGGCCCGUAUUGCUGCUAAGCUUGAAAUGAUGGAGCCCUGCUCCAGUGUUAAGGACAGGAUUGGAUAUAGCAUGAUUACUGAUGCUGAGGAAAAAGGCCUUAUCACUCCUGGGCAGAGUGUCCUGAUUGAGCCUACCAGUGGUAAUACUGGCAUAGGGUUGGCUUUCAUAGCAGCAGCGAAGGGUUAUAAGCUUGUCCUAACAAUGCCAGCGUCCAUGAGUCUCGAGAGAAGGAUCAUUCUUAAAGCUUUUGGUGCUGAGUUGGUUCUAACUGAUCCGGUUUUGGGAAUGAAAGGAGCUGUUCAGAAGGCUGAAGAGUUGGCUGCAAAGACACCCAAUUCAUAUAUUCUCCAACAAUUUGAAAACCCUUCCAAUCCAAAGAUUCAUUAUGAGACAACUGGGCCUGAGAUAUGGAGUGCAACUGAUGGGAAAAUUGAUGGCUUUGUAUCUGGCAUUGGAACUGGGGGUACAAUAACCGGAACAGGGAAAUAUCUUAAAGAGAAAAAUCCUGAUGUCAAGCUUUAUGGUGUGGAACCAUCAGAAAGUGCUGUUUUAUCAGGAGGAAAGCCAGGCCCACAUAAGAUCCAAGGAAUAGGAGCUGGUUUUAUUCCUGGAGUUUUGGAUGUUAAUCUAAUUGAUGAAGUAGUUCAGGUUUCAAGUGAUGACGCUAUUGAAAUGGCAAAGCUUCUUGCCCUGAAAGAAGGGUUGCUGGUUGGAAUAUCAUCUGGAGCUGCUGCUGUUGCUGCCAUUAGAAUUGCACAGCGUCCAGAGAAUGAAGGGAAACUCAUUGUGGUUGUUUUCCCCAGCUUUGGAGAGCGAUAUCUUUCCUCAGUGCUAUUCCAGUCGAUAAAGAAGGAAGCUGAGAGCAUGGUAUUUGAGCCCUAAGCAGAAUAUGUUUACAACUGGAUGUUAAAAAAACAAAUAAAUAAAAAGGAAGACUGAGAGCAUGGUGUCUGGAGCUGUGAAAAUAAAAAGGAUUUUCUUUAUGGCAUUCCUUCA